ACUUAAAGCCUCAAACGUGCUUCAGAGGAUAGUUUUUUUCGCAUUUUCUUCGUCUCACAAAUAAACAACAAGCAUCAAGCAACAACCUAAACAACCACACCGCACAGGAAGAAGAGGCAAGAUGGAUCUGAGUAACGUUGUAUUCAUCGAAAACAAAAAGAAGGGAAAGAAAACGAAGAAAGGCGCAAGGAAGAACCACCAGAAAGAAGCCACAAAUGAUGGCGCAACUCCAUGGAAUUUGGUGGCACCGGGUCCAAACGAUCCGAGCGUAAAGCGACGAAACGGGAAGGUCUACCAUUAUUGCCACCACUGCAAGUUUUGGGCGUUGCACCAACCAGGUAAAGGGAAGAAUUGUAAACAAGCCGAGCCAUUGACCGAUCUGUUGGGCGCAUUCGGAAACAAUCGUCCAUUCCAGAGCGCGACAUGGUUUGACAAAGGCGCGAGAAACGCGACAACACGAGGGAACGCCUUUGGUGCGGCCGCCGUGACUGGUCAAACUCCUCGUGAACCGACGUUUGGCACUAGAGUGCACAACGGUCCCAUCUUUAGGAAACCGCCGGGCUUCGCCAUGGCAUACCAGGGCCCAACCCAAUCCAUUUUUGGAGCCAAAAGUUGCAACCCAAGUCCCAGCCCAUUCACGCCCCAGCCAGAGCCAAGGAGGAAUCAGACCUCUUUUGGCCCGACCACUGAUGGGGGCAACGGAUCUAGUUUUGAGCAAUCGUUCAGCUUUCCCAAGGCAGAUCAAAGUUCGCCCGAUUCUAUCUUUGGUGGCCGUGUGAGCGGUCAGGCCAAUUUGGGGGGAUCGUUCAGCUUUCCCAAGGCAGAUCAAAGUCCGUCCCAUUCCAUCUUUGGGGCGAGCGGUCAAAAACCCGGCACAUUCAGGCCUCGCGCGGAAGCAAACGGCUUUUCGGAUGCGCAAGCCAAGUUGUCUUUUGGACUCUCCGCGACUGACGGGAACUUGCCCAGUUUCGGGAAAUCGUUCAGCUUCCCCAGAUCAGGCCAAAGUUUAUCCCAGUCCAUCUUCGGGGAGCAAAAUACUAACACGUUCAGCAGCUUUGGGUCUGCCUGUGGCUCCUCCGCGAGCACCGCGAGGUCCGGAAACACAACAUCAUGCCGCCAAAACUCGCCGUCCCUUGAAACUCCCAGAACGGACGAAAGCAAAUUCAGCUUUCCUGUACCGGCGAAGCCAGCUCAGGCCUUUGGCUUCUCCGUGCGUCCUGAGACUUGGGGUAAGUCCAGCUUUCCAGCCACUGCAUCAUCGGGUGGCUCCUCUUUCUCGUGGUCGCAGGCUCCUGAAACCACAUUCCCCCCAACAACUACCACUCAACAAGGCCCUGUCUCUCCGGGCCCUGUUGAGUCUGUUGAGUCUCCAACGUCUUCGGCUCCUCCGUCCUUCCUCUACGAUCAUUACCCUUCCCACAUCGUGACACCCACCCCAUUCAUCCCCAUCACCCAGGGCGGACCAACCCCGAUGAUGGUGGAAGCCGUUCCGUCUUCCUCCUUCUCGGGAGAAAUGCACUCGUUGCGGAUGUCGGCUCUGGAAGCCAAAAGUAGGGAAUUGGCACAAUACUUGGUUCACUGAGCACAAUACUCGGUUCGCUGAGCUUGAAGCAGGGAACACGAAACCAGAACGAACCGAAAACAACUUGUGAGCCUUUGGGAAAGCAACAGCCCAAAGGCGAGCAAAUCUAUGAAACCAAAUUGAAAAAACACAAAAGAAGUUUAUAGCCUUGGGGGUUCAGCCCAAGGGCGACCAAACGAACAAAGCAAGCAAAGUAGGUCAUCCACUUACACCCAGGAUGCGCUAUGAUAAUCAUAAUCGAAAAGAAUCUUUUUUUUUUUAGUCAGAACACGGAUGGUACCAAAGUACACUGUAUACUCCUUAUGCUAUAGUAGUCGCUCCAUCUUGCACCUGGCUAGAUCCGCAAGAGGAAAAAUUCUCUGGGCCAACACAUGGCGCAACUCCAUCCCCCAAGCCAAUACAGUAUUUGAUAGCCCCCACUACCGGCAGCAAGUAGCUAGUAGUACACAAGGACCAGCAACCCAAACCACACAGGGAAUGCAAAAAGCCGUUGCAGAAGACUAUUUUAAAAGGGAAGUCUCUCAACUCCAUCGCCCUGGGUUCGGGGUGGCACAAGCUGGACAGCCAUGUAAGUGUGGGGAAGAAUUUUGCUGUCAGCUCGUGGCAUUGGCGGUGCCCCUGUUGCGGCAUACGGGUAAUAGUCUAGUCAAGUUCUUGGGAUGGCAAACAAGCUCGGUUCCGAGAAGGGUGCCAGCCGCGAGACUUGUCGGGCUGGCUUCCAUCUAAGAAGCUACGGAUUAACGUCGUUUCUGGAAAGUCUGGUCAAAAUACCGGAAAAUGACGACACGAAAAAGAGGCAUUUGGUUCCGGCAAAUCUACUACGGGUAUGCAUACAUACAUGUAUGAUAUGCAUACUAGUAUGCAUACCGGCAGCUGGUAAAUGUAGACCCUGGACCCUGGAGAUACUUCUAGAAAGCUCCAUCCAUUUUACUUCAGAAGAAUGUCAACCUGUGCAUACAAGCCAUUAGUACUCGAUAAUCUAUAGCAAUGAAAGUUGACGAGCUCUGUUUGGUAUUUUAACUAUCUGCUCAUGCCCCAGCUAUUCUCUUGGUUCAAUUCAGGCUUGUGUCAUUUUAAUUUUGGCUGAGACCAGCCUCAGAGCUACCAGAAGCCAGUUAGCUAGCUAUUACAUGUACUACUUCUCCAGCCACGAACUAAAUGGACCAGAGCUGUAAGGGGUGCUGCAAGUACCGUACCACGUUGGGUAUCUUUCAUCGUUCCAAAAUCAAGAAUGCUUUCUCUCUUGUAUCAAUGUGUGUCCUCCCGAACUGUGUUUCACAACGAAAAUCUGGAGGGGCUUGUGUGUGGAGCAUUUUCAAGACGGAGUGGCUUGUGUGUCGCUACGAUUUGACC